AUGUCGUCCGGCACCACCACCACCACCGAGCCAGAGCAGUAUCCCGUCCGCCCCACCCCGCACUGCCCGAACAGCGUCUUCCCCGUCUUGGUCUACCGCGGCGUCCUGCCCACGCCCGGAACCUGGGGCGCCAUCACGACCAAGCAUUUCCACCCCAACACGCACGAAUGCUACGGCGUCAUCCACGGGCGCUCCGAGCUCGUCUUCGGCCUGGGCGGCGCGGACGCCGUACUCGACGGUACGGAUGACGACGACGAUGGCGACGAUGGCAACGACAACAACAACAACCGCCGAUCAAGCAACGGCCGGUCGAUCGAUCAGGGCGUGCGCGUCACCGUCGCUGCGGGCGACGUCGUGGUCGUCCCCGCUGGCGUCGCGCACGCGUCGGUCCGGAGGGAUGCGGGGUACAAGUAUAUUGGUGUUUAUCCAGAGGGUUCGCCGAAGUGGAGAAACGAGUGGGGCAAGACGGCGCUGCGCGGCGCCGACGAUCCACUGUUCGACGAGAUCAAGGGAGUGCCAGUGCCGGCAUGCGAUCCGGUGUUUGGGGCGGACGGUCCUUUGAAAAGAGUUUGGAACGGUGUUCUCGCGAGAUAG